AUGAGAUUUCUGAUAGUGAAUGGGUUCAAUGCAUCAGCAUCCUGUGCUAAAGUAUUUGAUUAUUUUAGGAAUAGCAUUUAGAGUGUAUAUAAUUAUAAUAGAAUUAGAUGAUAUCGAAACAGAGAGAAGUAGCAGAUACUGAAUGUGAGUAUCAUUUUCGAGAUCGUCAUUCUUUGGAUGAUUUCCUUUAUGAACCAGAGACAAGUUUGAUCAGAACAGAAUAUGGGUUAAAAUUUAAUUCAAUUGAUAUUGUGUUUAUUUUAGCUUCUCCAAAUUCAAAACCUUGGAAUCCAAAUAUGAGAAAGGUAUAAAUAGAAAUUAAAUAUUUAAGAUAAUAACUUUGAUUAGAAUGUGUUUGAAGACCAAAAAGUUAUUAUUCUCUACUUCAUUUGGUGCAUAGGCUAUAGCUUAUCUUUGUUCAACAAAUUUCAAUUUGGUAAUCUUAAAAUUAUAUAUUAUAAAGCAUGCUUCAAUUACUAACAAUCAUGGGGAAGGUUGUAAAUUAGUUGAUUUCCCAAAAUACACUUUAUAAGCAUUAAAAAAUGGUCCUAAUGAAUAUUUCUUAGAUUCUACUACAGGAGAUCUAUAUUUAUAUAGUAAAGUAACUGAUGAAUGGUUGCCAAAAGCAAAUAUUGGAUUGCAUAAUAGGAGAGAUGCUAUGGAAUAUUAAUCUAUUGGGAAAUAUAUAGUAAAAUCGCCUACCUAUAAACCUAAACAAAACAUGUUGGCUAAUCAAAGUGAAAUGAUAUGUUAAAUAAAAAAAUAAUUUUUGCAUCAUUGGUUAUUUAGAGGUGUGGCUAUGGAAUUUGCCAUUACAUCUUACAAUCAAUGGGAUAUUCAUGCAAUUACUUUCACAAAUCCAGAUAAAGUAUUUUUAUUAAAGUGAAUAAAUUAGAAAUUCAACUCUUUAGCUGAACACAAUUUGAGAGGACCUUUAAUUAUUGAAAGUGAUAAUAUAAUAGCAACAAUGUUUGAAUUGGAAUCUAAGUAGAAAGAUACUGUAAAAAUAUUAUAGAAUUUUAUUGAUAAUGCAGUUAAAUUGAUCAGAUUCAAUAGCAAUUAUAAUCUUAUUAGUAUUACCAAUGAAAAGUACUUUUCAGGAAAUAAAGGAUUAGAUAAUAUUGAGAUUAUAUUUUAAUAAAAAAAGAAGAUGGGUAAUUUAAAUCCUGAAGACUUAUUAAAAAAAUAAUAGAAGAAUUUUAUGCUUGAAUAUAGGAAAUUAUUGAAUACUGCCAUUUAAGAGACUGAAAGAGAUAAGAUAUUUCAUGUUGGAUUCUCAGUUAAAAAAGAUAGAUUACCAGAGUAUUACUUUAUUAAUAUAGUUUUGUAUAGCAAAAUAAUAUCUAAGAGAAGAAUUAUAAAGUAGUGAGACGAAAAUCAUUUCAAGUGAAAAAAGCUCAAUUUUUAAGAUAAUAGAGUUAGAUUAAUGUUGGUGGAGAUGAUGAAUUUUAAAUGAGGGAUUUAUAGGAUGAGGGUUAAAAAAAACCAUUACCUUUCUAACGUUUAAUAUCAACUGCAAAUAAUAGUAAGAGAUUGAAUUCCAAAAAAAAUUCAAAUCCAAAAACACCUAAUAGUAUAGAAAAAGAAGACAAUGAAAUUUAAGAGUUUGAAAUUAAGUGGAUGAGUUAAACAAGUGUAAGAAAAAUGCUUCAUCCGACUUUAGAAGAUGAAUUCUUAGGAUCUAAAAAGACAUGGGUUCCAGGAUUCCUUUCAAAGGAAAAAGUCAAGCACAAUCAUAUUAUUCAAAGUUAAAGAGGUUAACCUAAUUAGAAUAAUAGAUUUCACACAGAUUCACUUGUCGGUUGAUAAGAAUUAUUAUUCAAAUAUAUAUAAUUUAUUUUUAUGUAAAAGUACGAAGUUCUUGGUAUAAUAGGCAAAGGUUCUUAUGGUGUAGUACUCAAAGGAUAAAAUAAGGAGACAGGAGAAGUAGAGAAAAUUAAUAAUUUAGAUAGUAGCAAUAAAAUAAUAUAUUGGUUCUGAAGAAGAUGAAAGUAUUAAAAAAACAAUCUUGAGAGAAGUUAAACUAUUGAAGAUGUUAAAUCAUGAUAAUAUUGUAAAAAUCAAAGAGGCAUUUAGAAGGUAUUGUAUAAUCAAUUAUUUAUAGAAAAGGCAAACUUUAUGUAGUAUUAGAAUAUGUAGAAAAAAACUUAUUAGAAUUACUUGAAGAAAAACCAAAUGGCUUAGAUGUAAUAUUCAAUUACCAUUCUAGCCCGAAUUGACAAGAAGAUUUAUUUAUCAAUUAUGCUUAGCCAUUGCUUACUGUCAUUCUCUUGAAAUAUUGCAUAGAGAUAUAAAACCUGAAAACCUAUUGGUUAGUGAUUAGAUGAUUUUAAAAGUUUGUGAUUUUGGUUUUGCAAGACUUAUUCCAUAAAAAUAAGGAUAAUUAACUGAUUAUGUUGCAACUAGAUGGUAUAGAGCACCAGAAUUGUUAUUGGGAGAUGAAUAUGGGAAAGGAGUUGAUAUUUGGGCUAUUGGAUGUAUAAUGGCUGAAUUAACUGAUGGGUAACCCUUAUUUUAAGGCUAAACUGAAAUGGAUCAAUUAUAUUUGAUUUGUAAAGUUUAAAUUAGUGUGAUAUAUCAUAGUUGUUGGGUCCUUUAACUAGUGAAUAAAAGGAAGCUUUUUUAAAGAAUCCUCGUUAUGUUGGAAUGAAAUUUCAUGAAAUUACCAAACCAGACACAAUCGAAAAAAAGUUUUAAUCUAAACUUUCUUUAAAAGCCAUAUCAUUUAUAAAAGGUUUAUUGAAAAUGGAUCCUAGUAAGAGAAUGACUGCAUUUGAGGCUUUAGAACAUCCUUACUUUGAUGGCAUGAGAGAUGAUUAAUAUUAUUAGUUUUUAAAAGAAUUAAGAGACAAAGAAUAAAUUCCAAAAGAUAGAAUACAAUCUGCAAAUAAAUUAGCUGCCAAAUAGACUCAAUAAGUCAAUUAAUAAUAAUAAUAGAUACAAUAAUAAUAAGUAUUAUCAUAAUAAAAAGAUAAUUUAACAAGCAAUAAAAGAACUGAUAAAUCAAAUGAAAGGUAUAUUCUAAUAAUAUUUUUUAUAGAAAAACAUAAUAAAAAGGUAAUAAUAACAUAUCUGUAGAGAGAGUAAAUAACUUUGUUAAACCUGCACCAAUUAAAACAGGAGAAAAAAAUACAGUAGAUUAUAAUCCUAUUAUUUAGCCUUCUUAGGAAUCUAAAUCUAUGCCUAAAAAAGAUGUAAAUUCAUAAUUAGGAUUCUUGUAAAAGAAUGUAAUUAUUGGAUAUUAAGAAGGAUAAUUUGAUAAUUUCUUAUAAAAUAAAAUGGCCUAAAAUUAUAAUUAUGAAAUACCUGAAAAUGAUUUAAAUAAUUCAAUUGAAGGAGAGAAAAAGUCAAUGAACCUUAGAGUAAGAGCAAAGAAAAAAUCAUUUAAUCCUGAUUUAAAUGAAGAUGAUUAAACAACAAUCAUUAAAUUAAAACGAAAAGAACAAUAAUAAUAAUAAUAAUAAUAAUAAUAAUAAUAAUAAUAAUAAUAAUAAUAAUAAUAAUUUUAAUAAUAAAUUCCUGUUUAUUAAGUUAAAAAGAAAUCUACUUAACUCAGGUAAAACUUUUAUCCUACUGAUGAAUAUUCAGGAGAUGAAUAGGAAGUUUAUUAAUCAAAAGAACUUCUGAAUAUUCAAAAAGGCUAAAAAUAACAAAUGUAAUAGUAAUACAAUUAUAAUAUUGGAGAAUGUAGGAAUACUUUGGAAGAUUAGGAUAGGAAUUUAAAUAUUGUGUAUAACAACAUAACUUAUAAUUAUAAUAUCAACAAUUCUCCUGGAUGGAUUAAUAAAAAAAGAAAUUGA